AUGUUUGGCGGAGGAUUUUUUUCAGAAGAUUAUAAUGGGCUUUCUAUGAUGUCUCAUUUGCGCUCAGCAUUUGAAGACCCCAACCAAAAGUUCGAUGCUCAUUAUCGAUGCUACCCUGCUGGUAUGAUGCCUGGAGAAAAAGGGAUUAAUGUAAACUAUGGUGGAAAAGUGAUUCUUCCCCCCUCUGCCUUGGAAAAAUUAUCUCGGUUGAACGUUAGCUAUCCAAUGUUAUUUGAAUUUGAAAACGCCGCAGCCGAAAAGAAGACUCAUGGCGGUGUGUUGGAAUUCAUUGCUGAAGAAGGAAGGGUCUACUUUCCUUACUGGAUGAUGAGUACAUUGGACUUGGAGCCAGGAGACAUUGUGCAUGUAGUCAACACCGACAUUUCCCAAGGCAGCUUCGUAAGAUUACAACCUCAAAGCGUCAACUUUUUGGAUAUUAGUGAUCAUCGAGCAGUUUUGGAAAGUGCACUGCGAAACUUUAGUACGCUCACAAGAAACGAUAUCUUCGAAAUUCUGUAUAAUGGCGAAAUUUUUCGAAUUAAAGUGAUUGAUGUUCAGCCAGACGAUUCUCGUGGUGUCGUGUCGGUGAUUGAAACAGACUUGGUUGUCGACUUUGAGACACCUGUUGGGUAUGAAGAGCAUUUGCAAGAGAAGGAGAAAGAGCGCGUUGCAUCCAUUAAAGGGACAAUGGUGAAUAGAAUUAAGUACAAUGAUCUUGUGAAGCAAGGACAAGCUUCAACGAUGAAAGGAACGGGAUCCAAAUUAAAUGGAAAGCAGAUAGAGGAAAAAGAGCCUUCUGAAGUUGACAAUCUUAGCAAUUUGGAAGAACAAGAGUGCCCAGCUCCUUUGAACUUGCCGAUUGGUGUUUACUUUUUUGGAUAUCCCUACAAACCGCCUGUUGGAAGCGAAGAAAACGUUCCUGAAAAGCAACCCCAUACAUUUCACGGCGCUGGAAAUUCUCUUCGUUCGUCCCGCAAUGCUGAAAAAGGUCAAGGAAAGAAAUCCACUUCUGGUUUAAAGAAUAAUCCCAUCAAUGUUGACAUCUAA